AUGAUUCAGACCACUCCGCCCGUGUACAACCUCCAAAUUCAACCUCUAGCAACAAUAACACAUAUUUCCACAGCCACCUGGUUUCAAUUCAUGGGUGCGCUCGGUGGAAUAGCCGCCGCUUUCUUUGGGCCUCUGUUGGAUUGUCCAGAUUGCAAUAUCACCCAUCAAGUUCAGGCUAGUCAAAAAGAUAGGAUUUUGGAUAAUCUUCCCUCUGAAUACGAGAAACUUUUAGCUUCAAAAGUUGCAAUGUUCACAGACAACGAGGCAUUGUGUGACAAGAACAACAGAUUAUUGGAGGCAAUAGCCCGCUUGCGCACAAACACAAGUUUACUGAGAUCUCAGCGCAAGAGGUGGGAGCAUAGAUGGGCGGAUGAAGCUCGUCAAUCUGAUUCUACCACUGCCAUUCUGUAG